AUGAGUAAUACUUACAAUAAUUUAUGGAUGAUUAUUAAUCCACUAUUAAGCACAUUUCCUGCCUAUCAAAUCAAUAUUCAGCCAUAUUGGAUUGUCGCUGUUGAACUAAUUGUGUCUCAACUCUUCCAACGCAUUUGGCAUCACUUCAAAUAUGGCACCUGGUUUACAACACUCGAAAUAGCUGGUCUAAUACAGAUACUUCAAAAACGUUUGAUGAACUUAAAUAAAACCACCCAAUCAUCUCCAACUGGUGUCGCUGAAACCAAUACGAGUACUAUAGACGGUGCCAAUGCUAACAUCAUUGAAAACAAAGUCCGUCUAAAUAAACUACGCAAUAUGAUUGACAUCGAUUAUUUUGACGCAAUCAACUGUCUAUUAAUACUCGGACACGCCAUUUGGUAUUGUGUUAUUCAAUCAACAUGCAGUAUGUCAUCGUCUUCGAUAGCAACACCAUGGAAUUGUUACAAUGUUUUUGUUUCCUAUUCGACAACUACACUGAACUGCAUUUAUAAGACGUACAUGCUCGGCUACAUGAAAGUUAUUAAAAUAGAUGCUAUACAAGGCAGUUUACGCUGGCUAAUUCAUUACGCUAUAUUGUUCAUCAUAAUAAUAUCACUCGUCUUUGUUACUUCUCUCAUGUUGCCCUUCAUUCUUACUCAUGUUGUGCCGAUGUUCAUUAUCUAUAUUUGGAUGUCCAUAAUCUAUAUCGGAGUUUGUAUCUAUUUAGCUUUAUUUGGGUUUGAAUUUUACGAUGAAAUCGAAGAAUUUCCAGUGAGAAGAACGGGAAAUGAGCUUCUUGUAAGUCAGAAUUCAAGUAUUCAAGAACUUUGCUCCUUCAUGUUUAGUUCAAAAGACAUACCACAUGUAUUAUUGAGUAUCGUAUUAGCACUUGUUAUUACAAAAUUUCCGAUUCUAUUAUCGAUCUUUUUCAAUUAUACUCAAAGUUUUUAUUAUGGAGAAAGUUAUUUGAAAUCGAUUGUGGAUGAUUAUAAAGUAAGGGAUACACCCACACCCACACCCUCAGGAACCCGCACAAAUUCAGAUAUAUAUUAA